GCUAGCAGUACAUUGAUUUUUUUUCAUUAACUAUUAAUUUUUAUUUCCUUUUGUGGCAGUGAUAUAAAUUUCAUAUUUCUUUGCUUUGCUUUUCGAUCCGUGCCUGAAACAAAUUUAAUUGUUUAAAAUUGCGUUUAAUUUACAGUUAAACCUAGCUGAUGGCCGCAAUGGAAGUAGACGACGAAAUUGACAAUGAUGCUUCCGAAUUAUCAUCGGCCAGCACUUCUCGCGCUGACAAAAAACGUUUUGAAGUGAAAAAGUGGAAUGCUGUGGCCUUAUGGGCUUGGGAUAUUGUUGUUGACAAUUGCGCCAUUUGUCGAAAUCAUAUUAUGGAUUUAUGCAUAGAAUGUCAAGCAAAUCAAGCUUCUGCAACAAGUGAAGAAUGUACUGUUGCAUGGGGUGUUUGUAAUCAUGCGUUUCAUUUCCAUUGUAUUUCUCGAUGGUUGAAAACAAGGCAAGUUUGUCCACUAGAUAACCGUGAAUGGGAAUUUCAAAAAUAUGGUCACUGAUGUCUUAAGAAUUUUACAAUUUUUAGUUGCCUUUUCAUCUCAGUGUAAUGUAUUUUGUUUUAUGUAAAUUGCUUAUUAAAAUAAAAAUUCUCCUUUUAUAAUUUUUGUAGUUAUUUACUUAAUGGCUAUAGCUUCUGAGAAUA